AUGUAUAUGAAUCCUCUGCAAUGGUACGAUGAAGCCAGCGUCUCGCUCGGGUACCGUAUCAACACCAAAGUCACGUAUAUAAAUUCGGCCUCCAAAACAGUCACGUGUGAAAAUGGUGACGUCGUCCCCUACGAUAUUCUGGUUCUGGCCACAGGUUCACACGCCUCAUUGCCACGGCACACGCCCGGCUGCGACGCCAAGGGCGUAUUUGUCUAUAGAACCAUUGACGAUUUAAUAAGUCUCAUUGACUUUGCUGCCGAGCGCAAAGGGAGCACGGGAUGUGUCGUCGGCGGUGGGCUCUUGGGUCUUGAAGCCGCCAAGGCAAUGAUGGACCUUGAGAGCUUCAGUUCCGUCAAGCUGAUUGAGCGCAACGGAUGGGUGCUCAGCCGCCAGCUUGACCAGGAGGCAGGGGGCAUGGUCGUGCAACAAGUCCAUGAUCUUGGCCUAGACGUCAUGCUGAGCAAGCGUGUGAGGGAGAUCAAGGUCGAUGGCGCGAAUCACGUCGUGGGUGUGGCUUUUGAAGACGGCGAGGAGCUCGAUUGCUCGGCCGUGUGUUUCGCCAUUGGCAUCACUCCGAGGGACGAGCUGGCCAGGGUUUCAGGGCUCGAUUGUGUCCCGCGGUGCGGAGGCAUCGCCGUCGGAGAUGACUUGAGAACCAGCCAGCCCGACAUUUACGCCAUUGGCGAGUGCGCAAGCUGGCAAGGCCAGACCUUCGGUCUCAUCGGCCCCGGCGUCGAGAUGGCCGAAGUCGUGGCCUUUAACCUGACCCAGGCCAAGCUCCACGCGCCGAGGGUAUUCAAGCGCCCCGAUCUGAGUACCAAGUUGAAGCUUCUGGGCGUCAACGUCGCCAGUUUUGGCGACUUCUUCGCAGACAGAGACGGGCCAGCACAUCUUCCCGCCAAGCACAACAAGUUAGUCAACGGCGCGGCCAAGCAAGCGCAGACGGUCAAGACGCUCACCUACAAGGACCCCUUCCAGAACAUCUACAAAAAGUACAUCUUCACGUCCGACGGCAAAUACCUCCUCGGCGGCAUGAUGAUCGGCGACACAAACGACUACAUCAAGGUUUCCCCCAUGGUCAAGACCAUGAAGGAGCUAGACGUCCCGCCGAGCCAGUUCAUCCUCGGCGCAAAGAAGGACGGCGACGGCGACGGCGACGACGACUUGCCCGACGACACGCAAAUUUGUUCCUGCCACAACGUCACCAAAGCCGACGUCGUGAACUGCGUCAAGGACGGAUCAUGCAAGGACCUGGCCGCCGUCAAGUCAUGCACAAAGGCGGGCACGGGGUGCGGCGGGUGCAUGCCUCUCGUCACGACAAUCUUCAACAAGACCAUGGCGGCCAUGGGCAACGAGGUCAAGAACCACCUCUGUCCGCACUUCAGCUACUCGCGCGCCGAGCUGUACCACAUCAUCAGCGUGAAGCAGCUCAAGUCCCUGAGCGAGGUGAUGCGCGAGGCGGGCACCGACGACACCAGCUCCGGCUGCGAGAUGUGCAAGCCCGCCGUGGCGAGCAUCUUGGCCUCCCUCUGGAACCAGCACGUCAUGGCCAAAACCACCCACGGCCUGCAGGACACAAACGAUCGCUACCUGGGCAAUAUCCAGCGCAACGGUACCUACUCUGUGGUACCGCGCGUGCCGGGCGGCGAAAUCACCCCAGACAAGCUGCUCGCCAUUGGCGAGGUGGCCAAGCAAUAUAACCUGUACACCAAGAUUACCGGCGGCCAGAGAAUCGACAUGUUUGGUGCGAAGAAGCAGGACCUCGUGGAUAUAUGGAGCAAACUCGUUGCAGCGGGCAUGGAGUCUGGCCACGCGUACGCCAAAUCCCUUCGCACCGUCAAGAGUUGUGUAGGCACGACCUGGUGCCGAUUUGGCAUAGGUGACAGCGUAGGCAUGGCCGUCAGACUGGAAGAGAGGUAUAAGAGUAUCAGGGCACCGCACAAGAUCAAGGGUGGCGUGAGCGGUUGUGUCAGAGAAUGUGCAGAAGCCCAGAACAAGGACUUCGGUCUCAUCGCUACAGAGAAGGGCUUCAACAUUUUCGUCGCCGGCAACGGCGGUGCCAAACCCAAGCACUCUGAGCUCCUUGCCAAGGACGUGCCUCCCGCAGACGUGGUCCCCAUCCUCGACCGCUACCUGAUGUUCUACAUCCGCACGGCGGACAAGCUCCAACGCACGGCGAGAUGGCUGGAGAGCCUCCCCGGCGGCAUCAAGUACCUCCGGGAGGUGAUCCUCGACGACAAGCUCGGCAUCUGCGCCUCGCUGGAAGCGCAAAUGAAGGACCUAGUGGCCAGCUACUUUGACGAAUGGGCCGAGGCCAUCAGGGACCCCGAGAUGGUGGCCCAGUUCAAGCAGUUCCAGAACACGCCCGACACGGUCGACAACAUGGAAACAGAGCAAGACAGAGGCCAGUCUCGCCCCGUCUACUGGCCCAAGAAACCUGCGGCCCAGGACUUCGGCAGCAUGGGCGGCCAGUGGUCCAGCACGGCGUGGGAGCCCGUCAUCGAGACCGUCUACUUUGACGGCGCAGACGAGCUCCCCAACGGCAUCUCGGCCACCAUCAAGCGCGGCGACACGCAGCUCGCCGUUUGGCGGUUCAGAGGCAGAUACUACGCCACGCAGCAAAUGUGUCCGCACAAGAGGGCCUUUGUCCUCUCGGACGGCCUGGUCGGGCACAAUCCCGCAGAGUCGUGCUCCAACGACGACGGCACGCAGCAGUCGGCGCCCUGGAUCUCAUGCCCGCAGCACAAACGCAACUUUGACAUGAGGGACGGCUCCUGCAGCAACGACGGCUCCCUGUCGAUUGCUACCUUCUCGGUGGAACCGCGUGAGGACGGCCUGCUGUAUCUCAAGCUGCCGCCCGUGGAGGAGCUGGAUGCCGCGCUGGGGACCACGAAAUGGAGAGUUCGCAAGGGAGAGAGUGGUGACUCGCCCUUUGCAGAGCUUGACAGGAAGAUACAGCUCGUGGGGAGGAGAUCGCGGAGAGUCAACGGAAUCAAGCCGACUGUUAACGGGACGCUCGACGGCUCGGUCAACGGACCAGGCUCGGAAAAUGUCCGUCCUGCGGUCAUGGCUGGUGGAGGAGGUUGUGGGAGUGCACCGGAUUGGUGA